UCCCAUCUCAGGAACCUGGACAUGACCAGAAAGAUCUUCACAAACACCAGGGAGCGGUGGAGGCAGCAGAGUGUCAACAGCGCCUUCGCCAAGCUGAGGAAACUCAUCCCCACUCACCCUCCAGACAAGAAGCUGAGCAAAAAUGAAACGCUUCGCUUGGCAAUGAGGUAUAUCAACUUCUUGGUCAAGGUCUUGGGAGAGCAAAGCCUACAGCAAGCGGGAGUAGCUGCUCAGGGAAACAUUCUGGGGCUCUUUCCCCAAGAGCCCCACCUGCCAGACAUGGAUGAAAGACUUCUACUCAAAGACUAUGGAGUUGCUUCCCCUGGCCCCAGCCGUGAGGCUCCCUAGGGUGGCUAUGACUGUCAGUCACUGGGGCACUAUUGAAGAGUUCUGUGGUUGUGUGUGUGCUAUGCUAUGGAGAGGUGUGACGCAGGAAGUGAUGGGGACAGAAGCUGAGAGCCGCAAGGGGCUUGAGGAAUGUUGUUGCUCUAGCCUCAUUACCCCAGGACUUUAGGCAGAAGAACUUGCUCCGUGUAAGUGUGCGCGAGACGAUUGCAAAACAGCAAAACAACCGUUAAGUUUAAACCGCCGCCUUGCUCAUGAUUUCAGUAAUGAGGAUUUCCUUACACUGGAUCUCAGAGGAAUGAAUGAUGCUUGUUGCCCUCUGAAUAUAUUUAAAAGUUUGCUUUGAAAAAGGAGAUGUGUCUGAUUGAGGGUAAAUACAAGAAGCCUUAAGACUGAGGAAUGAAAUGGUAGCCACUGUGGAAAACCAACCCCAGAGAGGCAUGGGUCAUCUCUGGAGGGAUGUCCCUUUGGGCAAAGCAGUGAGGAUUCUGUGGGUGGAAAGGCUCCAUGUCCUUCGACCUCUAUAGACUCAUGAUAACCUACUUGGCUACAUAGUAAAUUUGAGGUCAACCCGGAAUACAUGAGAUCCAGCCUCAAAAGAGGAGGAGGUCAGGGGAGGGACAAAACACAGAUUUGUAAUGUUGACUUCGAAGUUGAGCCUCUGAAAUCAAAUAGUGGAUUUUAUUCAUUUGAAGAAAAACCCUGGUAAUUUAGGAGAUAGACUUCAAAUAAGUUUUCUUAUUAAAAAUGAGCUGGAAUGAGGGAGCAAACCCCUUAGUUUGACACAUUGGGUACUAAAACUAUUAAUGCAGCCUAAAUUCCUGCUGACUUAACAGUCCUGCACAAGUCAAUAAUUAUGAAAAACACAAAUGUUGGCAUUUCACAUUUUGCUGCGAGCAGACAAAAGAAAUAAGGGACCAGAUGCUAAUGAACUUGCUAAUGAACCAGUACAUUGAAGACCAGGGAGCAUUGGCUGGCUCUUAAGCUGGGGCGGGGUAGCACCCGGCAAACCAGUGGAAUAGUGUGGAUGCUCCAGUCCUCACUCCACACCAUUCUGUUCCUCAUGGAACUUGGAUUCAAUGAUGAACCCAGCAGUUGAGCCGUCAAAGGCAGAUGUCUAUAUCUGGGACAUUUUAUUUCCCCAGAGUUCUUUUGGCUUUAUGAUUGUCCAAUCAUAGGUGGGAGAGCUAUGGAUUGUGGUUAAGAAUUUACAGUGUCUACACAAUACAGAAUUUAAAUGUCCCUCUGGAAAGUAUUUUAUUCAUAGGUAACCACAUCAUUAAGGUCGAUUUAGCCAAUGCACUUGUAGCACAAUGGGUUUCCCUCUAAGUCCUUUGUUUAACCUCACUUGGUUCAUUUCCCCACAGAAACAGUUAGAGACAGGGAACCAUAGAGGCUGCUGGAGUCCUUCCUUCCACCCUAGAGAGUAUAUCGUUCGCACCAGCUGUGGGAGGUUCAAGCUUGUCCCCUAUUUACCAGGAAGUGGGACAUUUCUAAGUUUUAAUGGUAGUUGUCAGUUAAGUCCCACUGCCCUCACAUCUGGCAUUAAAUAAAGUACAUUUGACAGUGACUUUGUUUUUAAGGAUUUUUUUUUCCUCCAAUUUAUUACGUAUCAGUGCUCUACCUGCAGGCCAGAAGAGGGCACCAGAUCUCAUUACAGAUA